GACCGCCUCAGUUCACUUUGCCCCUGCUUGGACCCAAGCGGUAAACACCGGUCACGUGAUGCGAGGCGCUGCUGCUGAAACCGAAUGGCUGCAGUUGCUCCGAAUGGUGGCGUAGGGAAACUGAAUUGUUCUGGGACAAUGUGAAACCAGGGCAACUUAAUGUGCGUACAAGUAGUUUGGUGACUUCGGCACGAGACGAGGAAGGAGAGUUGACGGAGAGGAGACGGAGUUCAUGGAUAAAGUCGACACCUUUAACCACUUAAUUCCCACUGACCAGUUGGACGAGGCCUUGUUGCCCAGGCAGGGUUUGGAGAGAGAAGCCAGUAAUGAGGCGGGGACAGGUCACGGCCACCUGGAAGACUCAUUAAGGAACAUGCUCAGUGACAAGGACCCCAUGUUUGGAUCCGCCAGUGCCCAGUAUCAUGACUUGGACAACGACAAUGCCAACUGCCAAGCUGCAGUCAUGAGGCGGGGCCAGGGCGGCCGGCUUCCUGUCGGUCGGAGAGGAAGAGGUGGGAGCAGGGGGCGUGGAACGGGCAGAGGGCAGGGAGUGGCCAGGGGAAGGGGAGGAGGAGGGCGAGGACGAGGACGAGGACGAGGACGGGGACGGGGAAGGGGAAGGGGAAGAGGAAGAGGAAGGGCCCGAAGUGCAUCUCCACUAACCGCGCGAGCGUGGGUAAAGGCCGCCCAUUCGAUGCCAGAAGUUGACAGAACCCCCGGCACCCGUGGCAACCGCGGUAGGCGAGGGGCAAACAGAGCGGUGCCAGGGAAACGAGCGAGGGGGGGGUGGAGGCAGGGGCUCUCUCUGGGGAGGGGAGCCUUCAGCGGCAAGAACCUGCCGUGGUACAUGAACCCCGUGGUGGUGCUGAGGCGGCUCACCGUCACCGUGGGGGGCUACAAGAUCGAGCUGCUCCCAGGACCUUCCCAGGCCACUGCAGAGGCUGAAGGGGACGCAGCGGAGCCCCCCUGUUUUCCGGAGAGCUCAGCCAGCACAGGGGAGGUGGAGUUCAGCAGCGAACCGGGUGUGACAUCUCAACCCCCGCGUGCGGCUGUCGGGGACUCUACCGAGCAGCUGGGACCGUUCGUCAACCCCAACGAGGUCCAACAAGGCAACGGGUCGCUGCCGGGCAACGAGGUGUCGACUGAGAAAAUCCCCACAGAAGCCAAAGCCAACGGGGAAAUGGGGGAUGUGAAAGUCCCCCCGGGUGGGGGUGGAGAGCCUGAUACCGGAGGGGACCGAGUUGGUGGCGGGGAAGUGGCCCCCAGUGUGGCUAAAGAGGAGCGAGGUCCUCGGGUGAAGCGGCGGCUCAAAUCGGGGCCCGCAGGCUUCCCUGGCGGGCGGAAGCGGAUGGUGCCAGCCGGGGCGGAGUGGCCCAGACAUCCCCGGCCCGGGAAGACCGGGAGAGACGAUGCUGUCCGAAACCUGCCGGCCCCUGACGGGAAGCGAGCCCUGAAGAGGCGAGGAGAGCGCCUGCAGACCCACCCGCCUGCUAAAACACACAAGCCCCCUGAGAGGACACUCGGAGGUGCAGGGGCCACGCCCAGCAGGACUACCAAACUGCCGGCACCCAAGGAAAGGGACGCAGUUGCCAAAAGGCCCCUGCCACCCAUCACCUCUGGUCUCGGCGAGCCCCGUGGGCCACCACCAGCUGCCCCCAAACCCUCCCCCGGGCCCUGUGCGCCCCACCCCACCGUCCAGGCCCUGAAGCCAGGGCCCCAUCAGAAGGAGGCCUCUGAGGACUCGGAGCAGGAGAAGCACCGGGCGGAGAAGGCGGGACACAGGAAGGGUGACAAGGGAGCCCAGAAGAACCGGAGCAGGAGCUCCCGCAGCCUCUCCCUGGACGAGCCGGAGCUCUUCAUCCCCGACAACGCUCCUCCUCCCCCAGCCAAGGAGGCGGCGCCGGAGGAGGAGGUGCCCGAGAGCGAGGCGUCCUGGGACCCCAGCAAGCACUGCGGCUUCUGCAAGAAACCCCACACCAACAGGUUGAUGGUGGGCUGUGGCCGCUGUGAUGACUGGUUUCACGGGGACUGUGUGGGGCUGGACCUGGCCAAGGCCCAGCAGAUGGAGCAGGAGGACCAGGAGUACGUGUGUCUGAAGUGCUGCGCCGAGGAGGACCGCAAGGGCGCGGCCCCCGUCGAGGGCCCCCCCAGGACCGAGGGCGCGCCCCCCAGGCCGGGACACGCCGCCAUCUGCAAGCCGGUCGGAAACGACCGAAAGGAGCCUUCGACCCCGGCGACGGCGGGAGUGCGGCUCAUCAAAAAGGACUCUGUGGAGAGAAAACCAUCGGCUGAAGUUCGUGACAUGGAGGGCAAGAUGGCGUUGGUUUCGGACCAGAAGGGCGGCCAGGCAGCAAAGGUCUCGCAGGCACCUGGGGACUCGGCACCGAAAACUGGAGCACAUGAGAAGCAGGAGGUGAAGAAGAUCAAGUCCUCGCCCACUGUCUCCAAGAAGCCUUCUGUGGAGCAAAUCCGGAGGAAUGUGCGCGACACUCUGAAGGAUAUCCUUGUGAAACGACUGAAGGAGUCCGAUUUGAAAGUGUCGUCUGAGAGAGCGAUGAGCGUGGCGUCGAAAACGGAGAAGGAGCUGUUUGCAUUCUUCCGGGACACUGACAGCAAAUACAAGAGUAAAUAUCGAAGCCUGAUCUUCAACCUCAACGAUGCCAAAAACAACGUGCUGUUUAAGCGUGUUCUAAAAGGGGAGAUUUCUCCACACCAUCUGAUCCGGAUGAGUCCAGAGGAGUUAGCUUCAAAAGAGCUGGCAGCCUGGAGGCAGAGGGAGAAUCGACAUACAAUUGAGAUGAUUGAGAAGGAGCAGAGGGAGGUGGAGAGGCGCCCCAUCACCAAAAUCACCCACAAAGGAGAAAUCGAGAUCGAGAGCCAGGAGCCCGUCAAACAGUCGGAAACCACUGUGGUGACGGAAGCUGUUCCCAGAUCAGUGGAAGAGCCCAAGGCCAAGGAAGUCCCUGAGGAGGCUGAGUCGGAGGGCAUCAAGGACACGACUGGCCAGCACAAAACACACCUGUUUGACCUCAACUGCAAGAUCUGCACAGGCCGGAUGGCUCCGCCUGCGGAGGAUGCCAGCACUAAGGUGGUCAAAGUGGCCACCACCGUGGUGCGCAGGCAGUCGGGCAUCGAUGCCGAGCUCCGCCCCGAAGUCCCCCCCACCCAGCUGGAAGAGCUGUCACUCACCACCCUUGAGGCGUGUCUGUCCAACCCCAGCGUCCUGUCCUUGUUAGAUGGAUCGUCCAACAGUCCCAAGGGCAGGCAGGACGAGGCUGCGUUCCUGGCCCGUUUGGACUCUCUGUGGAAAGGCUUCGUCAACAUGCCGUCCGUGGCCAAGUUCGUCACAGCUGUGUAUCCGGUUUCAGGUGUCCUGGACAACCUCACUGAGGAUCUGCCUGACAGCAUCCAAGUCGGGGGGAGGAUCUCUCCGCAGACGGUCUGGGAUUAUGUGGAGAAGAUCCGUGCCUCAGGAACCAAGGAGGUGUGUUUGAUUCGGUUUUCCCCCGCGACGGAGGAGGAUGAGAUUGCAUACACCCUGCUGUAUGCCUAUUUCAGCAGCCGCAGGCGAUACGGUGUCGUGGCGAACAACACCAAGCAGGUGAAGGACACCUAUCUCGUUCCUUUGGGCGCUGCCGAAAAGAUCCCUCAUCAGCUGGUUCCCUUUGACGGCCCAGGAUUAGAGGCCAACCGUUCCAACCUGCUUUUGGGGUUGAUCAUUCGGCAGAGGGUCAGAAGGGACUACAGCUGCAUUCUGCCCAUGGACGUUCCAGAAACUUCUGUUCCAAAGCUAGUUCCGGAGAACAAGGUCAAGGGGGAUACCACUUCUGCAAUUGUUGAGGACAGGGAGGGUGACAGGUUAGACUCUCGGAGUGAGGAGCGUCCGGGGGAAACUGCCGUGCCACAGUCUGCUCAGGAGGAGGCCGGAAAAGGGGCCAUUGAAGAGGAGUCCUCCUUGACCACAGAGGGUAGCCUGCAGGAGCCGAUAAAGCCGCUGCGUUUUCUUCCCGGGGUGCUGGUUGGGGGAGAGGGCCAAUCGGCACCCUCUCAGGAUGCGGCGGACAAGCCUCCGUCAGCGGCGAACGAGGUUCCGCCAAGUGACGCGGAGAAGGAUGCACACAAGCGGGUGACUGCUGCUGCUUCCGACGGCACAGGCCAUGAACCCGUUCCUAACAAGAGCCCCGCCCCCAACGGGCCCAGGCUCGACCGCUUCGUCAUAAAGAAGAAGGAGCCGAAAUCGCCAAAAUCCGAGCAGCAGCCAUCCGGCUCAGACGAGAAGCAGACCUCCAGCGUAUCCCCGGGGAAGGAGGGCACAACCUCUGGGCGUGUUCCGAACCCAAUGGUCUCGCUGACGUUUAAGCCCCCAGGCGUGCAGCCGUUCAGCACAAACGAAAAGCAGAACACCGGCGUAUCCCCACGGAAGGAGGCCGGGACUGUCCCUACCCCAACGGUCACUCUAAAAGACAGGCCAACGGACGUGCUGUCGUCCUGCACAGACGAGAAGCAGACCUCCAGCGUAUCUUCUGGGAACGAGGGCACAACCUUCGGGAGUGUCCCUACCCCAAAGGUCUCUCUGCAAGUCAAGCCACCAGACGAGCAGACAUCCAGCACAAAUGAAAAGUGGAAUACCAGCAUAUCCCCACGGAAGGAGACCGGCACUGUCCCUACCACAACGGUAUCUCUGAAAGUCAAACCACUGGAUGUGGAAACGUCCAGUACAGAAAAGAAGCCGACUUCCACUGUAUCCCCAGGGAAGGAGGUCCCUACCCCAGCGGUCUCUCUGAAAGACAAGCCAUCGGACGUUUCCACAGAGGCCUUCCUGGCCAACCUUCCCCAACCCCCGGCCGCUAAAGACCCAGCAGAUGCCCCCACCCUCUUGCUGGGGUCAGCGUGCGAAAAAGCCAAAUGGCGCCCAGUGGCACCCGUCCACACAACUACAGUGGUAACGCCCACCACCCCGCCUAAAGACAGCCACCCAGGCCCUGUCAGCAUCCCCAGUCCCACUAAGGACCUUAGACAACCGGAAGGGGGAAUGCUGAAAAACAGCUCCCCGUUAGACAAACAGGAAAAACAGGGUGGUCCUGCAGAUAGCGGUUCUGUUGAUAACAGUCAGGGGCAGGACGAAGAGAAGGUGCCGGAGAAGGUGCUUUUAGGUGUACAGGAGCGCUCGCAGGCCUUUAGCUGCCCUGAGCCUAAUGAGGAGAAGCCAUGCGUUCCCCAGCCGGCGCCCACCAUGCCCAAGCAGGAGUACCGGCCCAUAGAAGACAUCCAGAGCAUUAGCACAGUGUCGUCAUUCAGCAACACCGAACGCUGUGGAUUGGUGCGCUCAAGCGCACCGCUCUUCCCAACCCCGCCUGCCGUGGUCCCUCAGGGGGGUCUCAGACCGCUGGUGCCUGGCUUCCCCCCUCCCCGCACGGGGUCACCCCCGUUUAUCUACCACGCACCACCCUCGCCCCGGUUCCCAGUGCAGACCGCGGCUAUACCCCCUUUCAAGCCCCUGCGGCAGCCUGUGCCACCCAGCCUGGGCUACCCUGGCAGCCCCCCUCUCGUAUUCCCCCAAGCGGAGCCCCAUGUUCAGAAUCACACCAUGACGUGGUCUCGCCCCGUCCCACCGCUAGCGAGCUUCCCCUCCCCACAGCCAUCCCCCCUCACCCCUCCAUCAACGGUGCCGUUCGAGGCCCCCUGCUUCCUCAAGUCAUCCAAACCGCCGACCCUGGCUGCCAAGGAGGAGAGUGCACCGGACCGGCGGUACAGCGACCCCUGGGAGAGGCAGCCUCGCCAUUCCGAGGAUGACCACAAGAGGGAGGGCAGCAGUGACCGCCACAGACAGAGACGCCACAGCGAGUCGCACCGGGAGAGGAAAAGCCGGCACCGUGAAAAGGACCGAGACCACGACCGAAACCGCAGGAAGCACCACCGCCGGAGCCGCAGUCGAACUCGAACUCGAACUCGAACCCGGAGCAGGAGCAGGAGCAGGAGCAGGAGUAGGAGUCGGAGCAGGAGCAGGAGUCGAGGCAGGAGCAGAAGCAGGAGUCACAGUCGGAGUCGGAGCCGGGAAAGGAGUCGAGGGAAGAGCAGUCGCCGGCGCAGCCACGACAGCCGGAGCCACGACAGCCGGAGCCACGACAGCCGGAGCCGUCACCACAGCGAACACCACUCCCGGAAAGAUAGUCGCCAUAGCGACGAGCACAGCAGCCGCCACCGGGAUAGACACAGACACAGGAGAGACUCGGAUUACGACAGGGGGAGGAACCGUUCCAAAGAAAGGUCAAAAGACAGACGUUCCUAAUCCUUGCCACCUCCAGCCGACCCCAUCUGGUGCCAGUUUCCUUUCUUCCAUCAUUAAGUACACAAGAGUAGUCGAAUGUUUUAGUAACAUUAACUUCUUCAACAAACAGCAAGCAGCCAUUUUAUUUCUUUUUUUCUUACUGUAUAAAAACUGAAGUUUCCGUACUUUUUUGGCUGCACAUUUUAGUUUGUAUUUUAAUAUCUUCAUAUGUUGUUACUACUGCAUUUGAGGACCUGAAUUUGAGGCAUUUGUUCAGAAAUGCCACACCAAAAGGCAGUGAAGACAUUUCGUCGAGCAAUUUCAUUUUAAUAUAACAGAAAAAUUGAGGGGGGUAGUUCCCUCAUUAUAGCAGCUAUUUGUUGACUCUGGAUAUCCUUUUUAACUUCUUUUUAUGUUACCCAACUCAAAAAAAUUCUCUGUACAUUUUGGCCUGUCAUGUACAGUAGAGAGUGUGCCGUCUGCACAGUGUUUAUGUACAGUUCAUAAUAAAUCUAAUCUUUUUA